AUGCCGAAUGCGGCGGAAGACAAGGUUGAGAAGGACGCUAUCGCUACCGCGGCUGUGGCUGUGGCUGCGACGACUGUGUCGGCAACGCCAGGAUCGUCAGCUACAACGGCUACUAUACCUACUCCGCUGCACAAUCGAAUCAUGAAGCAGAGGAUGGCGAUGUCCUUUAUACUGGUUGCACUUAGUGAAAAACCGGCAUUUUGGAGUGCUACUUACUGA